GAGAAACGCGAACGGGAUUCCUCAAAAUCACCGACGAGCUCAACGGAGAGUUUAUCCGGUUCCAACUCAGGACGUGACCAUGAUAAACACAAGAAUUCGGGCGAGGAUGAGAUAUUAAUCGUUCUGAUGGACGACAAGAAAUCAUCGUGGCAUGGACUUCCUCAAGUUGACAGACAUGACUCGAAGAAGGUAUCGAUUUCACGCAAGACGUCCCAGCGUGCAUCGCCAUGGAGUGGUCCUGUAGCCAAUUCCCGAGGUGAAAUUCAUCGAUAUGUUCCAGGGGGAUCCGGGGUUUCACCGUUCGAUAUCUAUGACCCGGAACGGGAUGACGACAAUGACAACGACUCGGACGAAAGCGACAUCGACGACAACCUCAUUCUCAGCCUCAAAGCCAGGCUCACUGCCCUGGGACUACACAAUAGUCCAUCAAACUCUCCUCGCGCGACACCCUUGCCUGCAAAUUCCCUUCUUCCCAGCAUCCAGUCCCCAUACACAGCUAAUUCGCCGUACCUCCAUGCUUCACCUGCGACACUCAGUGGACACGUCUCUUUAUACAGCCCACACAGCGUAUCCGCACCGAACCUUCCUUUGUCUCCUCAGCAACCCUCAUACUCCCUCUCACCUGAACCUUCAUCGUCAUCUUAUGUUUUGCCCUUUGUCUCAGGGGAACCCACUUCCGGUUCACCUUGGCCGGGCACGGCAAACCUCUACAGCCCCCCGUAUGUUUUGAACACUGGUACUAGCGGUACGCAUGUGCCUCUUCCCGCGGUAUCAACGUAUCCAUAUUCCAAUGUCGAUUACACGGGCACCAUUGACCCGGCGAUGUAUCCCCUUCCUCCGUCUUCAUAUUCGAGCCCGUAUGUACCAGUACGCGAAACUCCUGCUCAUUAUUGAUAAUUUUAAUGGUUUCAUUGCGUUGCGUUGAUCUUAGAGUUGUGAUCAAUGUUCUGCAUGUAUGUGCUCGUUCUGUUGCGACGAUACUUGUACAUUUACGUUUCUGAG